UUGGUGUCCCAGUUUGGCAGCAGGCUGUGGCGGGACAGACGCACACAUCUGUAAUAACAGUGACAGCGCCGCCGACACAAGCCCCGGGGAGGAGGAGGACCGAGUGUGCGGCACCAUGCCUGUGCGACAGAAAGAUGCUCAGCGAGCCCUGGAGUUGCUCCAGCAGUAUCGAGCCAAACUAGACCAAAGACAGCAGAACCAGAGCCGGACCAAGCAGGCCAUCGUGGAAGAAGACCGCCAGCUGCAGCAGUCUCUGGACAGAGUCAUCAAUGUCUUCCAAAGCCAGCUCUUUAGUGCUCUUCUUGAUAUCCAGGAGUACUAUGAGCUGACCCUCCUUGCAGACAGUAAGCACUCUGUGGAUCAGCAACAUGGUCCUGGGAAACUCAGUGCCUCCUCCAACCAACCAGCAGAACCCUCAGCCCAGCCACAGCCCUCCACGACUCCCCUAAGCCCCCAGGCUUCUGGUGGACCAUCCCAAGCCAAACCGCUGACCCCCAAACCCAGAUCAAUCAAGUCCCCUGCCCCUCCAAUCCCAUCGCAAAUACCUGCAACAAAGCAAUCUUCCCCUACGACACAGUCCAGCACACCUCAGUCACAGCCAGCCAAAGUGAAAUACCGUGCACCUCUUCCUCCUGUCCAGACUGGAGCCUCCUUUUCGUUGGCGUUGGACACUUCUAAAUCUUCUCCCUCUGCCGCCACCUCUUCCGGUGUCAACAGUGUAGAAACUCCUUCUAGCUCCCCAAAAGCAUCUCCUGGAGUUGUACUGAAUGGAUCUGAACCACAUCUAACUGCCACCAGCUCUAGCAUCCCUUCAGACACCUCUACCAAUCCACAAAGCCUUUCUGCCUCCCCCGACGUCAACCUGGUGACUGUCUCUGCCCUCGUCUCCAGCACCAUCCAAGGCCUUGUAUCUCCAACUACUCCAGACAAACUAAAGCCCACCGGCACCACGCCAAGCACCAGCACAGGUCUCAGCAGAGUCACAGAUUCUACCAUAGUCUCUCCAUCUCUUUCGACCCCCAAGGACCUCGGACUGGGCAUAGUUACCUCCAGCCCAAGUCCAACUAGCCCCAGUCAUGGAAAGUUUACCUUCAGUAGCCGCAGUCCUACAAGUCCACCUGUGCAGCUAAACAAAGGACCUCGUCUUAGUCCAACCAGCCCUGGGCCAGUAAAAGUUCCCUCCGCAGGCCUCAGCCAUAGUCCAGUCCACUCCAGGCGACCUACAAGCCCACUGACCCCAAACAAGAAGUAUCGGUAUCAAGAAGAGGAAGGGGCGUCACCAGGCGCCCCAAAACUCCACCAUCACCCCUGCCUUCAGCAUCAAAUGGGAGUAGCAAGAGAGCUAAGGGAUGGAGGGACCCUGGGGAGGGAUGGAGGGACCCUGGGGAGGGAUGGAGGGACCCUGGGGAGGGAGGGAGGGACCUUGGGGAGGGACGGAGGGACCUGGAGGAGAGACGGAGGGGGCGUCGGGACCAUGGAGAGAGAGAGGGAACGGUCAUUGGGAAGGGAUGGAUCUCGCCACGGUGACCUGCGGGGGGCAGAGCUGGUUCAGGUGGCGGAGCGGCAGCUGUCUCAGAUUCAACACGUUCAUGGAUACGUCACUCACACACACAUAACGCCCGCUCAGGUAGAAUCACCUGAGGCUCCCUUUGAUGACGAGGGGUGGCCUCACCCAGAGGGAGAGAGGCUGAACGAAGUCCCAGCCCCGCAUUUCUCCUCCCUCUAUUCACAAAGCCACUCCUAUUACCAGGCCAACCCCCCUCCAGUGGUCGUCAACACCGACAGCGUGGACACUCCUCCAUAUGCCAAUGGAACAGAAGCAGACUAUGAGUAUGAGGAAAUCACGCUGGAGCGGGGUAACUCAGGCCUGGGUUUCAGUAUUGCUGGAGGGACUGAUAACCCCCACAUCGGAGAGGACCCCUCAAUCUUCAUCACCAAGAUUAUACCUGGAGGAGCCGCCGCCCAGAAUGGACGACUCAGGGUGAAUGACUGUAUAGUGCGGGUGAAUGAGACAGACGUCAGGGAGGUGACCCACAGCGGGGCUGUGGAGGCGCUGAAGGAGGCUGGAGGUCUAGUCAGACUGUGUAUACGACGCAGGAGGAGCAUCACUGAGAGAAUCAUGGAUAUCAAACUGGUCAAAGGACCCAAAGGUUUAGGAUUCAGUAUAGCCGGUGGAGUUGGAAACCAACAUGUCCCUGGUGACAACAGCAUCUAUGUGACUAAAAUCAUCGAGGGAGGGGCUGCACACAAAGACGGACGGCUACAAAUAGGGGACAAACUUGUUGCUGUAAAUGGCUCCUGUUUGGAGGAGGUCACUCAUGAAGAGGCAGUGGCUGCACUGAAGUCCACUCCUGACGUUGUGUACCUCCGUGUGGCCAAACACACCUCCCUUUUUAUCAAUGACAACUUCCCUCCACCCGAUGUCACUAAUUCGUACUCCCCACAUCAGGACAACCAUAUAAGCCCCUAUAUGAGCGGCAGUCAGUCUGUAAGCCCCGCCCCACUGACCACACCCAGAUACUCACCGCUGCCCAGGGCCAUGACUGGAGAGGAUGAUGUGCCCAGGGAACCCAGGCGGGUAGUGCUGCAGAGGGGCUCCACAGGCCUCGGAUUUAACAUUGUUGGAGGGGAAGAUGGGGAGGGAAUCUUCAUUUCCUUCAUUCUUGCCGGAGGUCCGGCUGAUCUCUGUGGGGAACUACGAAAGGGAGACCGCAUUCUGUCGGUGAACGGGGUGGACCUGUCCAGUGCAACACAUGAGCAGGCAGCCGCAGCUCUGAAGAACGCAGGACAGACCGUUACCAUAGUAGCACAGUACAGACCUGAGGAGUACAGUCGUUUUGAGGCAAAGAUCCAUGACCUGAGGGAACAGAUGAUGACCAGCAGUGUCAGCUCCAGCUCCACGUCGCUCCGCUCCACACAGAAACGCACACUUUACGUCAGAGCGUUGUUCGACUAUGACGGAAGUGCGUCAGAUCUGGGAGCACCCAAUCAGGCCUUGCCGUUUCAUUUUGGCGACAUCCUCCACGUGAGCAGUGCAGGCGAAGAGGAGUGGUGGCCCGCCCGUCACCUCAGCCCUCCGCCCCCAAACUGCCCUGAAGUCGGAGUCAUCCCCAGCCGCCGGAGGGCAGAAAAGAAGGAGAGGUCGAGGCUAAAAACAGUCAGAGUGACGAGGUCUCAGGACAGAUCGGAUCAGGAUGAUAAAGAGCUGGUAACCUCUGGCACCAGCGAUAGUGAGAGUAGUUCCUCUGGCCAGGAGGAGGCCUUCCUCACCUACCAACCUGUCAUGCAACAGGAAGUUAAUUACACGCGGCCAGUCAUCGUGCUCGGACCAAUGAAGGAUCGGGUUAACGAUGACCUCAUCUCUGAGUUCCCUGAUAAGUUUGGCUCCUGUGUUCCACACACAACACGGCCACGACGAGACUACGAGGUGGACGGCAGAGAUUAUCACUUCAUGUCCUCCAGAGAGCUCAUGGAGCGAGAGAUUCAGGAGCACAAGUUCAUUGAGGCUGGACAAUAUAACAACCAUCUGUAUGGAACCAGCAUACAGUCUGUCAGAGAGGUCGCUGAUAAGGGAAAACACUGCAUACUGGAUGUAUCAGGGAAUGCGAUAAAGCGUCUCCAGUUGGCAGGCCUCCAUCCCAUCGCUAUCCUCAUUAGACCACAUAAUGUCGACAACAUCCUAGAGAUGAACAAGCGUUUAACUGAGGAGCAGGCGAGGAAGACCUACGACAGGGCUGUCAAACUGGAGCAGGAGUUCACAGAGUACUUCACCGGAAUAGUCCAGGGCUCGACUCUAGAGGAAGUUUACUCGCAGGUGAAGCAGAUCAUUGAGGAGCAGUCUGGUCCUUACAUCUGGGUGCCCACCAAGGACCGACUCUGAAUAAACACACAUAUGGCAUAUUCACACACACACACGUCACUCUCUCAACACUUCCUACUCGUCUAAUUUUCUAUUAUCAGCCUGCUUCCUCUCUUUCUCGUACACACAUCACGACACACACACAUAUUUACACAAGCACAUUAAGUGGGACGAGGCUGGGACUAUCUGGGACUGCUACUUCCUGAAGUGGGAGGAGCUCAUGUCUGUCCAGCAGCCUAUUGGUGGAUCUUCCUACAGCUCAGUUCCUUAAUGUUUAAGGAGGUGGUUCAAAUCAAGGCAACAUGUACCAUUAUCUGAUUUGAUUUCAUUAUUGUUCUUCUUAUUGUUGUUGUCGUUGUUGUUUUCAUAUUAACGAAGGGUAAUGCAUUCAUGUAUGGGUUUGUAAUGAUAAUAUUGUCACCAAGAGGCAGACUUUUGCACGCUGUAGCUUUAAGAGCAUGUUUUUGGGACAAAAUCUUGAUCUCCUUCCUUGUCUAUCUGUCUCUCCUCAUGGCAUCACUCCUGUUUAGAGUUUUCUCUUUCUUGUCUUUUUCUGUCUUUUUCUCAAAUGCCAUCCCUCCCUUUCCUCCUUUCUUAUUUCAACUCCCUACAAACUUUAGAUAUGAGGUGAAAUUAAAUAUUAUAAUUAAAAUGUCCCCCAGCAUUUAGACAUUAAGGGCCAAAAUAAAACUAUCAUGCAACAACUGUUGAGACAUGUAGUGAAAAACAAUCAUAAACAAUUUAGACUUUGUGUAACUGAGACAGUUGCUGAAAAUUACUGUCACAAGCAGAAAUUCCCAAUUAGAAAUAAAUAGAAACUAAAUUAGAUUGCAUGCAAAAAAAGGAAUAAAGAGUAUUCUAUCACCAUAUUGUUUUUGAAAUGUCAAAAAUAAUCUAACUACAUGAGCCUCAUUAAGGCGGUGGAGACCAUUUGGAGCUCUGAACCUGGGUUUGUUAGAUUUCUGAGAAUUCUGUAAAGUAAAAUAGUUUAAUUCUUCCGAAAAAAUGUGAAGAUUUUUUUAAGGCGUCUCACCCCUACGUAAAGCAAAGUGAAAAAGCAAGAGCCUAUCUGCCCUAUAGGACAAUGUUUUUACAAAAUUAUCAUAACUAGAAGUUAAUAAUCUUUUGCAUUUAAUUUAAAAAAAUAUACUAAUAUGAAUAUAAUUGGCAGAUUUUAAAAUGACACACAAACGUAACUGCAAGCAAAAUCAGUGCAUUUUUAUCCUUGCUGUUUGCAUCCAUGCCUGAUAAACAUGAAAAACUAAAAGAAGGGAAAAGUGGGGUCAAACCCAUUAAAUGUUAAAAUUUCAAAAUGCCCAGCUCUGACUUACAUGUAUUGCUUCUGCUAAUGUUUUGCUCAUCCUGACCGGUUACAUCUUGUGUAAUCGUCUAAAACACUUACAUUAAAGAGCAUUUUUAAAGAGAUUUUACAUUUCUUAAUUAGCUUUAGUCUGUGAGGAGUCCUAGUGAAGGCUUUUUACGUUCAGCUUCAAAAAAUAUUUUCUCAGCAUCUUGAUAAAUAAGGGGCCAGAUUCUCUGUUUAAGAAACUUGGGUCUGUUUUGUCCAAGUCUUCAUCCCACAAGACUUCUCAGCCUUUUCCUUCCACCUUCUCCUCCCUGUCCCUCGUCUUCAUCUCUCUCCUCUUCUCUCCUCUUUACAUCCACAGUGUGACGUUAGUUGUGCACUCCUGACAUUGAACGGUGUAUCAUCUUCUUCAUCAACGCUAUCAUCUCAAUCAUAAUCAUCAGCAUCAUCGUGACAGCUUUCCUUCUUACCGUAGUUGCACUAAUGAGGGCUGGUUUCUUAAAAGCAUCUUAGCGCAACAGCUGAUUCCAUCCCAGUGGUUCUAGUUUAUGGAUAUGAUGAUUUUAUGCGCUCACUUUUCUUUCAGUGGUUGUUAUGCUGGUUUGACAACAGGUCAGAGGACAGUUUCUGAUGAAGGCUUUUUGCAGUUUACUUAUUUGCUGUACGUCAUGCUGUUGCUAAAUAUUUAAAAUCAUCAAAUGUACUCCUCCGGUAAAAUUUACAGUCAGAAUCUACUGCAGUGCUCUUUUGCCAGCAGUUUUUUUUCACGCUGGAUUUUUAAGUUUGAAGCCAGUCGUAUGUUUGACCUCAGCACUCCAUAUAUUACUACAUGGUUCCGUUAUGGUUGUGUUGGCUAAGGGUUGUAUCUUCAACAAUGUUUCCAUACAUUCUACAGAUGUUGACUCUAUGUAGAAAGAUAAACUGCUUGAACGGGGUUAAACUAGCGUUUUAAUCUAACGUUUGCGCAGGCCACAGAGCAUUGACAAUGGACUGAAAUUCACACUUAUUUUUGGCAACAGACUUGUGGUGAAUUUCCAGAAUGUUUAUUUUUUCAAAGAAGCUGCAACAUUAAAGGAUCUGUGUGCAUCGCUUAAUACCACCUAAUGAAGAACACCAGCGUCUCAGACCAAAAUGUACAGGCACGUGAGACACACUUCCCCACGCCUUUCAUUUCCAUUUACAACCAGAAAUGUUUUGUGCAGGAGAGCCCAAAAAAAUUAAAUCCUGCCACAACCAUAAGCCUAACUACCACUCUAUAAUACAUUGAAUUGCUGUAGUGAGUUGUCGUCAACUCGAACAGCAUCUUCACUUCACUUGUCUUUUCUUCUUCAUGUUUCUUCUGGUUCACGUGUGUCUGUUUCCGCUGUUCGUCAGACCUAAAGGGACCCAAGAACAAAGCGAACCUGUGUGGAAACAGACACACAAAGACCGGAGCAGAACAGACGUGGUGGAGAAGAAGCAGCAGGGAGGUCAGUUUCAAAGGGAGGACUUCACAUGCACCAACAUGCAUGCAGCUGCCAAAAAAAUAGAACAAGGAAGCUCUGAGUAUAAAACACACAGAGGGAGUGUGACUCCAUUCUCUGCUAAGGACACCAUUACUCUAUAACUUUGCAUAGCUGAUAGUUGUUUGCUGCUAUAUUAAUGCUAUAUUUAUGCUAAAAAAACAUGCAUAUUGCAUCUUUAAUAGUAGAAAUAUGUCACAUAUACCCCUUGCUUUGUAAAUCUGUUAGUUGUAGCGGUCUUUACUGGGUCUUUGCUGCUCAUAGCAGAGAUUGAGGAUCAACUCAUACACUAUAUUAAACAAGCAUAUAGAUACUUUUAAUCUCCUGAAAAGAGUUGUGGAGCAGUGUUUUUAUCACCGGCUCCCUGUUUUAUUUAUGAAAUACGCAAAGGCACAUGUGGGUGAUGUGUUUUACAUGUUGCUGCUAGUUUAACACUUAUCUGCUGAUUAAUGGUUGGUGGUAGGAUCAAUGGUGAAUGUAAACAUAACUUUUGUUUGUUUACAAAAAUGCACACAGCACCUUUAAUAUGUGUCCCUGUCAUUGGAUUAGCACAGAUUAUAUAAUUCCUGUCAGAAGGUAGACAUCUCUGAGAAUCCAGUGCUUGUGUCAAGGUAAAAAAAAAAAAGAAAUGUUUUGACUUAUAAAGAAACUUCAUGAGACCAAAUGAAUAUGCUGAGUGCUGAGGUCAUGAAUCAGACUAACCUGAAACAUGAAGAUAAUCUGUUGUCAAGUGUAACAUUUGAGAUACCAAGAUGCUUUUGGUGACCCAGCCCCUGUAAUGGACCUUGUCAGCCACCCACUCCCCAUCUCCACCCUCAACCCCGAGGCAACUCCAAGCUGACUGGAGACCAGGAUCAUACAGAAAGACUGUUCUGUCAACAGAGUAGCUCUUAGGCCCAAAUAAUGGAUUGAUAUUUAUGCCACACGUGUUUUGAAAGCUUUAAUGUUUCCGCAGAGAAUGUUCAGCUAAACUAAAUUUUUUUCCAUCUGUAAUCCUCGCUGAUCAAGUAGAUGGACGUAGCUUGUAUAAAAGAAGUGGAUGUCGCCGCUGUGACGUCAGCCAUUAGUUUGUGGACUAUCAUUUUGAAGCAUCACCAUUUUGUUUUGUUGGAGCCUGAAGUGAUGAUAUUCGGGCAAGAAGGUGGACCUGAACAGGAGCGAAAGCUGGAUCUGACUGAGAACUCGAAGACACUAUGCACAGUAGCGACUUGUCAACCCAAGUUAGUCCAGCCCUAACCCUGCUUUGUUAUCCAUUUUUCAUUAAAAUGGACUAUAAUUUACUAAAUGAACAUCGAGAUGUAUUGAAAAAGACUUGGAACUAGCAACUAAGAUCAUAAACUCAUUAGAAAAAUGUUUACUGAGGUAUUCUAUCAAGUGAGAAGUAGGAUCGGCUCCUCGUAUACUUCUAUGUAAUCAGAAUUCUUUGUGGCGUCGCCUCCUGCUGGCCAUUAGAAAGAAUGCAUGUUUAACGCACUUCCUCAUUGGCUUCACUUUUCAGGCCCAGAAUCUACGUCUACUUCUUUUAUACAGUCUAUGUGUGUGAUGGUAUUUGUCAGAUGACAGAACUGGACUCUCUUUGUGACUCUGGCUGUGUGUUUUAGCCGGGGGACCAUGCCACUGUCUGUUAGAGUAAAGCACCGAUGCAAAGAAUCUAUUACAGAGAUGGAUCUAUAUCUAACAUAUUAUAAUAUUUAUCCCUGCUCUAACUGCCUAUUUUGGUACAAAAAAAAUAAAAGUCUUUAUUGAGAUUUACUGAAAUCCCUCGA